AAACAGUCCGUCAUCGCUGCUAAGAAAAACGUUUGUGACAUGGAGGGGCGUGGAAUGAUAAGCGGUUGAGUGGGUGAACGGGAAAUCCAGUAUUGAAAGGCGCACCGGAUUAUUACAUAAGACUGAUGACACCAUUAUGAUGGCUUCUGAGAUGGAUCUGCUACAAUGUUCACAAUGUUUACGAUCUUUCAAGUAUCGGGGUCCCUGAACCUUACCUUCUUCCAUGUUUACACUCCGUUUGUGAGAACUGUUUGAAUCCAGGUCAUGAAUAUAUUGUUUCCUGCAAAGUGUGCCAAGAAUGUUUCACGAAAACCGACAAUAACUUUCCAGUAUGUUGCCAUACUUGUCUAUCCAAUCCAGAUCCCUGUUUUUCUUGUGCUAAUUGCCAAAUGAUAAGAAGGGAAACUGAAAUCUGUUUCCAAAAGGAUCAUGUGACAACCCGGAAGCUUUUCAUCAUCACUGCCAUGGAAAAUGCUUCUGUGCUGCUUUGUACAAACAGAAACGAUGGUAACCAAGCACUUUCUUGGUGUCAGGAAUGCGAUGCCUAUCUGUGUGAGCACUGUCAGGUGUCCCACGAGGACAUGAAAGCAACCAGAAAUCAUGACGUCACUUCCGUUCAAGAUCUGGCUGAGUCUGAAAGUAAAUGUCAAACAGCUGGUAGCUGUAGUCUGCACAAAGGACAUCCACUUGAGCACUACGAUAAAGACUGUAAUAUUCUUAUUUGCUACAAAUGUUCGCAAAACGAACACAAGCACUGCAACGUGUGUGAUCUUGAGGCAGGAAUAAAUGAGAUUAAAGAAGACACGGGUCGAAGUGUUGGAGUACUCACGGGGAAAAUAGACGAAAUUGAUCAACUGCAGCAGAGAGUACAGGAAAUCGACCAAGCAUUAGAUGAGACGAAAAUGACCUUGACAGACGUGGUGCAGCAUUCAUUUGCUGAGAUGAAGACGGUUCUUGGACAAAGGGAACAAGAAGUGAAAUUCCAGCUUGACCAGUGUUUACAAAACGUUAAAAACACGAACAUCGAGAUUCUCAAGACUUUGAAAACCCACAAGGAAAGAAAUGAGACGGCAUUACACAUAAGCAAGGGACUUUUGGGCGUGACGGCGCCGAGUGAUCUAUUCAGUUUGAAACGAUUUAUCGUCAACAGAACUUCACUUCUCGCUUCGACUGAACUGCCGCUUGUCCGAAACGAAGUAUCAUCAAUCAAAUUUUCAGCGCCUGACCAUCAGGAAAUUAGGCGAGCCAUAUCCUCACACGGAACGUUCUGUACAACUUACAGAGAAAUGCCAUCUGGACAAGUUGGAGAUAAUACAUCACGUGAAGCAGCUGAAGACUGUGAAGCAGCGGGAAACAUAACCAUCACAUGUGAGGUUCACAAAUUACUGUAUUCACCAAGUGUGACAAGUGCUGUCUUUACUGGAGUGAGGGAGUCCUUUACUGUAAAAUUUCUGGAAGUGGGAUUUGAUGUCCACAGAGCCAACACAGGGAAAGUGGAAUUUACCAGUGACAUGAAACUAAGUCGUAAACUCCAAACGACCCAACCACCUGAGAGCAGCAGGAGAUUGAAGAACUUUUCCGGAACUUCAGCCCUCCAACCAGUGUCUACGUCUGACAUACAAUACUGGGAAGUGAAUGCAGAUAUCGAAAUACUAAAAGAAUUCGAGAGAUUGAACGCUCUCUUUGAAGUUGGAGUCGGUGUUGAAAGUUCAAUUGAUGUUACUAACACUCUUUCACGUCAGCCUGAUUCCAUGGUUCUGUAUCUUAGACACUGCACGGCUCAUAAUAGUCUCUGUCUCAUUGUCAGAAGAAAUCGCAAUGCUGCAUUAUGUCUCCAUAAACCGGUUGCUAAUGCUAAAGGGGAAAGGAAAGUGCUACAGUAUGGAAUAAUGACAAAUCCCAAAGACAGAAAAUGCAUCCUCUUUGACUUAAACAGAACUACUGUUCUCCAUACAUUCGAACAUGUCAACUUUAGCAAACCGUUUUGGCCAACAUUUGCAGUGUUCAAACCAGGUAUGUGCAAAGCGGAAUUGCAGUGCAUAUCCGGAGGACAGAUACAGCUCAACAGGGUCAAACUGGAUCUUUUACAGUCAUGUUUCAGAUGAGAAAUUCACCACCACGAAACACAUCUCAGCAGUAAUGACCUUGGUCCCAAGUUCCUUGAUGCUUGAAGUUGGAGGCAUCUUAACUUCAUCAACUGGUGACCUGGAUUAUGGCGCAUUAACGGCUUGGUUUUUGCCAAAUAACAUUAAACAACUGUGCCUUGUCCAGACUGAACUAUUGUGCACACCGUUCUUCUACACAACAUUUUUUCAUUUCCGGAUGUAGUGUAUUCCGCGAAAAGUCAAGCGGAGAAAUGCUUACAUAUGCACACAGCAUAACAAAUCUGAUCAAAUUCAACCCCAGAAGAUCCGGGGUAGAAUUGAUCUUCAGUAACCCAUGCUUGUCGUAAGAGGCGACUAACGGGAUCGGGUGGUCAGGCUCGCUGACUUGGUUGACACAUGUCAUCGGUUCCCAA